GCACGAGCCACAUCCGUACGUAUUCCGGAUGGAGGUCAACAUUCGUGCUCGACACUCCCCCUUAGGGGAAGAGCCGAGUGCAGACCAUGUCCGGAUACUCUUCCCGGAUAAAUGUCUAACCUUCGUGUUCGGCACUACUCCUCAGUAGAAGAGCCGAGCACAUGCCACAUCCGGACGUAUUUCCUGGAUGGAGGUCAACAUUCGUGCUCGGCACUCCCCCUCAAGGGAAGAGCCGAGCGCAGCCCAUGUCCGGAUGCUCUUCCCGGAAAAGGUCUAACCUUCGUGUUCGGCACUCUUCCUCAGGAGGAGAGCCGAGCGCAGUUCCCGGAUGGAGGUCGAACAUUCGUGCUUGACACUCCCCUGGGAGGAAGAGCCGAGUGCAACCCUUAAGGCUAAUGGCGAAAAGCGAAAACAAGACUUAAUCAAAUCCAAAUUUUAUUCAUCCCGGAAAACGGGCAAGUACAUGGCACGAACGCCUUACAAUAAUUAAACACCUUGCAAUUAAAAGUACGGGUAGACUUCAGUGCAUGCCACAAUUCCACCCCCGCUCGCAAGGGCAAGGUGGGGGG